AUGGCUACAUCAUCUAAUAAUAUUAACGAUUUGUCUGGUCAGCAACAGCUAAAACAAUUAAAAGAAAAUUGGCGAAAAGCCAAUCGUCGCGGCUAUGGAUUCUACGCUAAAAAACCUGAUAGAUUAGUUAUGAAUAACUUGAAAUAUGCUUUAGUAACAAGUUCAACUACAAUAAAUGAUGAUCUAUGUAUGCCGAAUCUAUCGACUUCAAACUGGUUAAAUCUUACGGUCGGAGCAUUAAUUUCCAUUAAAUAUAUACGUGAAUCUACAGUUUUAUCAAGAAGAAUAUCAACACCGUUACUUUAUGAUAUAGUCUGUUUCAUUUCGAAAUGGUUAUCAAUGACCAAACGCAUCAAACCUCAGAGGAAAAAUAGUACUGAAUUAAUCAACGUAUUAAAUACUAAUUUUCAAAUACCACCAAAUUUUCCAGUUGAUGGAAAUAAACAAUUAAAUAUAAUUCUUCAUGAGUUUCUUCUACCAAUAAUCGAUUGUUCUAUUCCUGCCAUUAAAACAUAUCGUUGUGCGCAUUGCAACUUCAGCAUACAAACACGAUUUGAUAUUAAAUACAUUACAAUUAAUAUGACUGAAGGUUCAUUUCAACUUUGUCAUCGCUUGAAUAAUUACUUUGACGGUUCGGUCUCUGAUCAUUUAUGUGAUAAAUGCUCGACAAUAAUAUUUUUAGGUCCACCGGUGAUAGUUGUUCAAAUUCAUAAUGAAAAUGUUUCAUCAACAGCUAUGACUAAACCACCAAAUGCAAUUUUUUUUCAAUCGUUUGUUGAAAAAUUAAAUAUUGGUUGUGCCUCAUCACAUAUUUAUGAUAUUAUUGGAUUUUUAUCGAUCAUGCCACAUACAGAUAAUAAGUUAACACUGGUAACAAAAAUAAAACAACGUUGGCAAGUUAGUUCUAUGAUGAAACUAGUUGGCAAUGGUGAAAAGCUAUGUAAGCUCUUCGCUUAUAGUCGUUUGUUAAUUUUGGAACGAACAAGAACGUGCAACAGCAACUUUCUUUAUGCAAUUGCUCAAUGUUGUUCAUUUGUGUUAAAGCUUAGCGAACCAAAUGAAUUGAAAAUAUGUAAAACGUUAAGCGAUGCUGUAAAAGUUAUUGAAAGCAAUUCAAACUUUAGAAGUCUUAAAUCAAUGUUAUCUUCUUAUUUAACUACAUACUAUCGAUGUCAAAGUUGUGAUGCUGCGUCUAAUUCGUUAUUUGUAACAUAUAAUGGAAUCUGUAUUUACGAUCAAAAUACCGAACUUAAAACAAUUUAUGGCACACCAUUAAAAUCAUCAAAUAUAAUAGAUCUUACUUGUUCUUCCUGCUUACAAAAGAUGAAUAAUAUCAUACUACCGAUAAAUAACCAAACUCAUCAUCGAUUUCCGGCAAUACUUAUGUAUUAUUUAUCACAAGCAACAUUAUCCAUAGUUCAAAAUGUUCGAGUUGAUUUAAUGAAUUAUGAAACCCAGUCUACAUGCCAAUAUAAAGCAACGUCGAUAUUAGUAGUUGAUGAAUACAAUAGUAUAUCCAUCAUAAAACUUGAUCCACUUGCACUCUAUGAUUCAAGUCCAUACCAAAAAAUCACCACAACGUCCUUCGAUAUGAUCGUUGAAACAUUCCACACCGCCCAGAAAAUAGUAGUGUUCAUGAAACCAGUGAAUGUGAGUAAAUUGUAA